AUGAAUACAUUUGAAACGACCAUUGGUGAUGAACAUGAGCCAGUGAAUGUUGAGAAUGGAGUUGAAUGCCUAACUUUUGAAGGAGGCGGAUCAAGUCAGAGAAGCAAGUGUAGUGGUUCAGAGAGUCAGGGAAGACUGACGGGCGAGAUGAAUUGUACGAAAUGGGCAGGAGUGUUUGUAGGAGUGGGCCAAUAUGUUCCACAUGCUGUUGCUUUUAGGGAAGCUGUGUACAGGUUCAGUAUUGCAGAGAAGUUUGCAGCGAGAUAUAUCAGGAAUAGUAAGGAGAAGAUGAAUGUGAGGUGUAAAGUAGAAGGGUGUCCUUGGAAGAUAUGUGCAAAUGCUGUUGGAAAGAACAGUCAUCUAUUACGUGUGACUACAUUUUGCAAUAAGCACAUUCAUUCAGCCCAAGACAAUUUGAUUGUGACUUAUGGUGGGAGUGCUACGUUGACAUCAUCAGUAAUAGUUGAAAAGAUAAGGGACCAUGCUGAAAAACGGCCCACUGAGAUAAGAAAGAUGUUGGAGAGGGAGUAUGGUGUGAGGCUUACAUAUUGUCAGGCAUAUAGAGCAAAGGAAAAGGCAAUGGAAGAAAUACAUGGGAAACCGGAACAGUCCUAUAUGUUAAUACCAUGGUUAUGUGAAAGGUUGAAGGAAACUGAUGACAAAACGGUUGCUGAAUGGGCCUCCAUUGGUAAUAGAUUUGAGCGUGUGUUCAUUGCAUACGGUGCAUGUGUUGAGGGUUUUUUGAACAGUGCAAGGCCUAUAUUAUAUGUUGAUGGUACUCAUUUAAGUGGUCCAUAUAAGGGGACGUUACUGUCAGCUUCGGCAUAUGAUGCGGAUAAUGAGAUGUUGCCGUUUGCAAUAGCAGUGGUGAAGGGAGAGAAUCUUGAUGACUGGACGUGGUUUUUUCACAAGAUUAAACAAAUAGUUGGUUCAAUGCAACUGACUAUUGUGUCAGAUAGACAUAAUUCUAUAAUUGGUGCUGUGCAAGCAAUAUUUGGGGGUGAAAGGCAUGCAUACUGUUAUAGGCAUGUGAAGGAGAACUUUAGCUCUGAAUAUAUGAAAUUAAACAGAGGUUAG